AUGUCUGUCUGUCAUCAUACGUCACAUUUUUCACCUGAACCUACUUCAUUAGACGAUACAUUUUCUAUAUCAAUUGAAUCAUUAAUUAAAGCCGCAACUAUUAAUCAAACCCCACAAAAUUCGAGUUUUUCAAGGGUUGUGAAACAAGCAACCACAUUAAAAUUUUCACGCACACAUAAAAGGUCAAAAUCUUCAAAUUCACGAAUUCACUAUAAUAAAUCAAAAAUUGUUGGAAAAGGGUGUGAAAUUACAAAUAAUUCUCGAGAAAACCUUAAAUCAUCAAAAAUGAACGCUGUACCACGACAAACUAAACUUGCAACCAAUGAUAACUUUUAUCAACCUAAAAUUUUAAGUUAUUAUCCUCCAAGAUUAUUGACUCUCUUUCUACUUGGAUCUUUCACUUCUUUCGUAAUCGAUCAUUUACUUACACAAAAUAAUAUAACGGAAUACCCAAAAGAUAUUACAAAAUUAAUUGAUACUGCUGCUUGGAUUCCGCCAAUAUGCGGUGCUUCUGCAGUAUUAGUAGGUUCGUUAUUUUCAUUAGCUGAUUAUUGGUUUAUGCGAAAACCACAAGAAUUUCAAAGGGAAUGGAGUAAUGUAAUGAGAUGUAUGGGAGGUUUCAUCGGGGUUGCAUAUGCUGCAACGAAAUUACCAUGGAGUAGCAAUUAUCAAGUGUCUUGCACAUUAGCACUGAUAUCAAUUGUAUUGUGGUUCUUAUUUGAUCGUACUUUACAUGGAUUUAUGAUGUCCGCUUUGUUUUCUUCGAUAGGAACGGGUGUAAUGUACAUGCUCGUUUCAAACGGAAUUUAUAGGCAGCUAAUGAUAGUACCAGAGGAAUGGUUUGAAAAUAUAGAACGAGAAAAAAAUGGAGAAGUGGUUGUAACAAAAAAUUCAAAAGUCGAAUAA